AACAACAACCAAUACUCCAACAACAACAACCACUAUCCCAACAACAAUAACCACUACACCAACAACAACUACUCCAACAACAAAAACCACUACAACAACAACCAUUGGUCAAACCACAAAAACAACUACCCCAACAACAACAACCACUACUCCAACAACCACUAUCCCAACAACAACAACCACUACCCUAACAACAACAACCACUACUCCAACAACAACAACCACUACGCCAACAACAACAACCACUACUCCAACAACAACAACCACUCCUCCAACAACAAAAACAACAACUACUCCAACAACGACUACCCCAACAACAACCACCACUACUCCAACAACAACAAUCACUACACCAACAACAACUACUCCAACAACAACCACCACUACUCCAACAACCACUAUCCCAACAACAACUACCACUACCCCAACAACAACAACCACUACUCCAACAAUAACAACCACUACUCCAACAACAACUACCCCAACAACAACAACCACUACCCUAACAACAACGACCACUACUCCAACAACAACAACCACUACGCCAACAACAACCACUACGCCAAUGACAACAACCACUAUCUCAUGUAAAACAAACACUACCCAAAAU